AUGUCGAAACAGACAGAGCUCCCUACUUUUACAGCCAGCGACUAUGUUAAGUUCUUCUCCGCUGGUGCGCUCGCCGCAACGGCGACGCAUGGAGGCGCCACGCCUAUUGACGUCGUCAAAACGCGCAUCCAGGUCGACGACUCCCUCAAGGGCUACAACAUGAUCCGUGCCGGCCGCAGCAUCGUCGCCAAGGAGGGUGCCUCCGCCUUGCUCACAGGGUUCGGCCCAACGGCCGUCGGAUACCUCGUCCAGGGAGGUAGCAAGUUCAUGGGCUACGAGUUCUUCAAGAAGAAAUACAUUGAGGCAGUCGGUGGCCCUGACAAGGCCGUCAGCAAGCGAACCGCCAUCUACCUCGGCGCGAGCGCCACAGCCGAGUUCUUUGCAGACAUUGCCCUGUCUCCAUUGGAGGCCACGAGAAUCCGACUGGUGUCGCAAAGAGGAUACGCCACUGGGCUCAUGUCGGGCUUCACACGCAUGGCCAGGGAAGAGGGCUUCAGGGGCUUCUACUCUGGCUUCGUGCCUCUGCUGUUUAAGCAAGUCCCCUACGCAGUCGGCCAAUUCUCUGUCCACGAGGCCGUUAACGAGGUCAUCUAUCGCGCCAUGGGCUCUGAGCGCAAGGCCAAGAUGACCCAGCUCGAGUCCACCGGCGUGGAGUUGACAUCUGGCAUCGUGGCCGGCGCGGCUGCCGCUGUCCUCUCCCAUCCUGCCGACACCUUGCUGUCGGCCAUGAACAAGGGCGCUGGCGACCCCGGCCAAGGCGCGACGAGCCGCAUGUUCCAGCUGGCCAAGGAGUUUGGCCCCAAGCGUCUGCUGCUCAGUGGGCUGGGACCCAGGGUGGUCAUGACCUGUGCGCUAGUGUCGGGACAGUUCGUGAUCUACGCGCAGUGCAAGGCCUUGACGGGGGCGCCACCCAGUAUAGAGAUUCACAAGGAGUCGAGCUGA